CAGGCCCACAGGUUUCAAUCUCCUAAGCAGGCAACCUAGCCUUGGCUUCCCAGCCCCAAAAGCUGAAUCUGUGAAACCCCAUGACCUGUGUCACCUCUGCAUCGCGGGGUGAGGUGGCGGGACGGGAUUCAUUGGGACAGCCCUAACACAGCUACUGAAAACCAAGGGCCACGAAGUUAAGUUGGUCUCCAGACAGCCUGGCCCGGAUCGAAUUACGUGGACUGAGCUCAGCAGGUCGGGGCUGCCCCUCUGUGAUGUUGUCAUCAACCUGGCUGGAGAGAACAUCCUCAACCCUCUGCGAAGGUCAACAGGGCCACAAAGCUGAUAGCCCCUGCGCAGGGGGAGAGGGUCAACGCCUAUGGAAUGAAACCUUCCAAAAGGAGGUUCUUACCAGCCGCCUGGAUACCACCCACUUGCUAGCUAAAGCCAUCACGGAAGCUGCACAACCACCUCAGGCCUGGAUACUAGUCACAGGUGUAGCUUACUACCAGCCAAGCCUGACUGAGGAGUAUGAUGAAGACAGCCCAGGAGGGGAUUUUGACUUUUUCUCCAACCUGGUAACCAAAUGGGAAGCAGCAGCCAGGCUUCCUGGAGAGUCUACACGCCAGGUCGUGGUACGUUCAGGGGUUGUGCUGGGCCGCAGGGGCGGUGCCAUCGGCCACAUGCUUCUGCCCUUCCGCCUGGGCCUAGGAGGCCCCAUUGGUUCAGGUCACCAGUUCUUCCCCUGGAUACACAUUAGUGACCUGGCAGGAAUUCUGAAUCAUGCCCUUGAGGCAAACCACGUCCAAGGAGUCCUGAAUGGAGUAGCUCCAGCAUCUACAACUACCAAUGCCGAUUUUGCCCAGGCCUUGGGUGCUGCCCUGGGCCGCCCAGCCUUCAUACCUGUCCCCAGCGCUGUGGUACAAGCAAUCUUUGGACGAGAGCGUGCCAUCAUGCUGUUGGAAGGCCAGAAAGUGGUCCCCCGGAGGACACUGGCCACGGGCUACCAGUAUUCCUUCCCAGAGUUAGGAGCUGCCUUAAAGGAUGUUGUAACCUAAGUAGAGAAGGGAGCCCCAAGGCAGGAGGUGGGGCCUGUUCCUGCAUUCUGAGAAGUGAGUCAGGUGAUUGCUGUACUUGACUGAGAUCAGAAGCCAUCUGGCUCUUAGACUCUCUCUCUCUCCCCUUUCUUCCCAUGUUCUGUUGAUCCACCUCUCUCCAAGAAACUCCAGUCUCAAGGAUCUAAUCUCAUUCUAACCUUAACCUCCUCAACUUCUUGUGGCUUCUGUGUCACAUUGUUGCCCUGGUUCUCCUACAUGCUAUGUAGACAAAGUUCUACAGUUGUGGCAAUAAAGGUAGACUGUGUCUGUAGA